GUAUUGUCAGCGCUGUGUUAAGUGCUUUACAUUUAUUAUCUCAUUGAACCCCCUAAUAACCCUAUAGGCAAAUACAAUUAUUUCCCCAAUUUCAGAUUAGGAGAGCAAUGAAGCCUAAAAAAGUUUAAGUAACUGGGUCCAGGGGUGCAUAAUUGUUAAGUGGCAGAGUGAGGAUUCAUCUCAGGCGGUGGGACUCUAGGGCUCUCCACUGUGCGCAGAGAAGGCAGCUGAACUCACACAAGUGAACAUGCUAGAACUAGUACUAUUCCGGGCUCCUUUAAGACUUUCACAUAUUUCCUAGAUUCCCAAAGGUGGAGCUAAUUUAUUCUCAGAGUCUUAAAAUGAGAAGACAUCUUUAAAUGACUACGAAAAUUAUCUCGCCCAUAACAAACACAAUUUAACUACUGCAAUAAUUUUGAGACAGGAGAAUGCUUUGCUAUUUCCUCUAGAAGCAGCGCUUAAUAUUUAAAUCAGAAACCCUCAGAAGUAGCAAGAGAACUUAGCAAAACCAAAACAUAUCUUCAUGCAACCCAUAUUUACAUAGGCAUCUGCCUACCAGGGCCAACUGGUUGGCUUUAUGGAAAAUUUCAGUGGGAAGAUGAAAACGCCUUUUCAACAGAUUAAAACAAAAUUAAACCAAGGACCUGGUCAUUCCCCCUUUCCCUGCCAGUUCCCGGCCCCCCGGCAUCGGAGAAGGCUGGGGUGCGGCUGCGUUGGGCUGCGCAGGAGCUCGUUUCGCCGGAAAAGCAAGGCUGCGCAGGGGGGCCCUGGGUUGGCCGCUCCCGGGGCGAGUCUGGGCAGCGCACAGCUACACCGUCUCCUAGCGAUCUGAGAGACCUGAACUCCCACCACCGAAGGCCCGGCCGUCGUCAGGAAGCCAGGGCCACCAUGGCGGACCACAUGCAGCCGUCCUGGCCCGGGGCGCUAACGCGGGUGCCGGCAGGAGCGAACUGCCCGCCACGGUUCAAAGAGGAUCUGCCUUCUGAGUGCUCCACAAAGCCCAAGGACAGGCUGACGUUCCCCACCUCCCUGAACAGCCGGCGGUGGAUAUUUGUGAGAAAGGGACUGGAUGACUUCAGGAAAGGCUGCCCGCCUUGCGAAGGUGUGAUCACUCAGGGCCCUUGGGAACACUUUCUCCCUCACGUUUAUCACAGAGUUCUCCGACCUGCACCCCAAAAGAGGCAGAACAAGCUGCCCAAGGAAGCAGCCCUGUUUUCAAAGCUCUCACCAACCCAGCAGGCACGAAAGGCGUUCCUGGAGGACAUUGAAGCCCAACUGACCCCGCACCCCUUUGCUCUUUCCCCGAAUCUGGAAGAAGAUUUGCCUGCAGAGCUCUUCUUAAAGGUGCUGGAGGUGCUGGAUCCUGACAAGAAACUGGAAGAAACAUGGGCUUAUUGUCAGGGUGUCAGGAAAAGAGCAGAGGAACCCAUAAAGCUUUUAAAGAAACAUUCUGCCCAAGUCUACUUGGGACUUCCCAAGAAGAUUCCUCUAUCACAUCCAGGCCAAUGGCUUUACAAAGAGAAGAAACCAAGUGAAAUGGAUUUGCUCCAUGAAGAUGGUCCUCUUCCUUGUGAAAAUGUACGCAAAGGAGUUAGUGACUUCUGCACCUGGGCUACUAAUAUUGGAAGCUCAAACAUUGAUGAAAAGUUCAUCCUGAAACAGUUUGCCGUUGACUAUCAGAACAAACCAAGCUGUAAUGUGCUGAACGUGAUGAGACUCAACCAGGUUCCUUUGGAACUAAAGAAGAGUGUGAGGUUCAGUAAACUUCAAGACCCAGAAUUUUUCCAGAAACUUAACCAUGAGCAGAAACUCCAGAAGCUGCAGAAUCCUUAUAAACCAAAGCAGGUGAAGAUGAAAUACGGAGCAUGGUAUUUGAACACAAAGUUGUGGAAAAAGCGAAUUGCAGAUGAACCUUUGGUUGACCCCAAGGUCUUACAUAAAACUCAAGAUGAAAGUUUCAAAAAGGAGCUGCAGCAACAGGAGGAGUUACUUGCAGACCUUCAAGCAACAGUUGCCUUUAAGGAUUUCAUUCUAAGCAGGGGCUACAGGGUGCCGAGAUUCCUUGAGAAGAUGUACAUCAGGAAGGAAUGUAAAUGUGAGUGUAAGACUCCUAUAAAAUAACUUGGCAUAGAACAGUUUGGGGAGAUGAUUAGACAGAUUUCAUUAACUAUAUAGUACUUGGAUAUUUCUCUGUCUCAUUAAACAUUAAACAAAAUUUGUGAUGAGUAUACCACCACGGAUGUACAACUUCGAUAUGGCAACACCCAUAAAUUUUAUACCUAAUACUUACAAAUAUUUCACAAUGGCUUACUGCUUCAGUAAAUCAAUAUUUUAUAUAUUUUAUCAACUAUGAGAUUAAUAUUCACAUAUAGUCUUCUCAUAUUUUUUACAACAUUGUCGAUAUUACAUAGGUCAAGUAAUUAUUUGUAAAAAUAUAUAAAACUAUAAAUAAAAGCAAAAUUACUUGGUAGCAUUUUCCCAGGGUAUUAUCUUUCCUGGUUUUGAGUGAAUACUGUUAUUACUCUUUCUUUAGAAUAUAAUUUUCUUUCAUUUUGAAUUAAGCUUACUCAGCUUUUUUUCCUCCCCUUUUUAGACAUUUUAGUCUUAAUAAUAAAUGUGUACCUAGAACAUAAGGUCCAUAGUUCAUAAAGUUUAAUGAAAACUCAAGUUGACAUAUAUUUUUUAAUUAAUUUCUCAUUUUUUAUUAAAAAUGUUAAUUUUCAUGUUAGGAAAAUCAGAAAAUAUAGGCUAAUGAAAAGAGUGUAGAAAAUAGAAAUAAUUGCUAUAUAGUCAACAAUAAGCACUCUUCACCCAUUGGCAUGUAUCCUUCUAGAUCUUUUUCUAUUAAACCCACCUGUAUAAUUUAAUAAAAAUGAAUUUAUUAAAAGGG